CUGUGAUGUCAGUUUCACAUCAUAAAUUACUGGUACUAAGUGAGAUGUGUUCAUCUGACAGUUGAGCAAGAGGAUGCACAGACCUCAGACUGAUGAUGAUGAUGAUGAUGAUGAUGAUGAUGAUGAUGUGGAUCACAGGCGUUUCUACACAGAACAGUGAUGUCUCUCAGCCUGACCCAUGGAUCUCUGCUGGUGUUGGUGAGAACGUGACUCUGAGCUGCUUUAAGUUGAACGACAAUAACCCUGGAUCUGUCGUUUGGUACAAACACAAAGUCGGACACGAGCCUCGCAUAAUAGUCGCAGUUCAACACGAACCCCUUUAUGAAAAUGAGUUCAAACCACCAAAAUUCAGCAUCGAGAAUGACAAAAAAAGCUGCCAUUUAAAAAUAACUAACGUGGAACCAUCAGAUGAAGCCGUGUAUUACUGUGGAUACAGAAUAUUUUUAACGAGGUUUGGAAACGGAACAUUUUUAUCAGUCAAAGAUACUGAACAUGUAAAAGUGAGGGUGUGGCAACACAGCACGAGGGACUCGGUUCCUGCAGGAGCCUCAGUGACUCUGCAGUGCUCGGUUCUCUCUGAGAGCAGAGCAGCAGAACUCCAAGUGCUCUGGUUCAGAGCUGCUCCACCACAAUCCCAUCCUCAAAUCAUUUACACUCAUCACGACAGCAGCCAUCAGUGUGAGAUCGACUCUUCUACACACACCUGUGUGUACAACUUCUCCAAGAACAUCCUCAGCCUCAGUGAUACUGGAACUUACUACUGCGCUGUGCUCCUGUGUGGGAAGAUCAUCUUCGGGAACGGGACAUCAGUACAGAUGGUAUCUACAGAGGGAUCUGAUGCUGUAGUGAUCUGCCUUGCUGUAGCGUUAACUGUGUGUGUGGUGGUGAUUUUUGCUCAACUGAUUUUAAAGUGUAAAAAACAAAAGAAUGAAAAACACAGAGUGAGACUUCCACGAGGUUUACUGAAGGAGGAAACACACAAUGAGGGCCGUGAUGCCGAGGAGCUGAAUUACGCUGCCCUGAAUUUCACUGAGAGGAAAACUAAAAGAGGAAGAAUAAAAAAACGACAAAAUCAAGACACGGUUUAUUCUGAAGUGAUAAAAUUGCCUCGUAAUUAGAUUUUCUAUAAUUGUAGUUUUUCUAAAUAAAAGAUGUCAGUCUGUUCA